AAGAUAUUGACAUAUGAAGCAACGCAUCAUUUGAUUAACAGAUUUAAAAACGCUAACAUUAUUGUAUACAAUAUUGAUGGAAUAUAUAUUAAGCUGUUAAUUAGAAUGCCAACCCAACAGCAAUUUGAUUUUAUUUAAACAUAAGACUCGGUCAGUACUAAUAUAUAGUACUUAUAUAAUCCAAAAUUACAAAAAAGAAAACCAAAGAACAGAAAAGCUGCCUAUAGGCUAUAGCUGUACUGUUCUAACUUCUAUAUGGAAAUGGAAGAACUACAUGCAGCAGCCUUAGCCUACUAUUCCAAUGGUUCUCCGGAACGUCAGCGUCUGGCAUGGUCUUUCUUCCAAUCCAUGGACACAAACAACGAUGGCCGAAUCAGCUCCGCAGAGUUUUAUGAAUUUCUGCAGCAAAGUGGUUACAGCUGGAUCGUCAACGACCCCAGUUUCUUCACGAAACUAGAUCGAAACCGCGACGGUGGCCUGGAUUUUUAUGAAGUGCUCACUUAUAUAGUGAUUUAGGCUCUUGUGACCGAGAUUAGUGACAUAUCGGAAUUAAAGGAACAGAUUUUUGGCAUGACAUGGAUGCUAUUAGAAUUUGUAUAAAGGCUUGUGUACAUAUUUAUUUUGUCGAAUUAAUUCCCGAAAAUAUAAAUGGAUUUAAUACGUGACCGAUUUAUCCCUA